CGACGGGCAGUCUCGAAGAACAUCACCUCACUCUGAUUAGCUGGAGAGUCACGUUUCGGAAGCCCUCGAGACGAUUGGCUUCAUAUGCCGAUUGUCCGGUUCAUGAGUUCCAAUGCUACUCCAUGGCUGAUCCUUGGGCAAUUAGCCACUCUACGUACACUAAGAUCUGCCUCAGCACGAUGCAUGUCAAGGGCCAUGAUCACCCCGCACGAGCUUUUGAGUUCUACGCAGGCACGAACUGAUCCCCGCGUUCUCCAUGCGCGCCUGUCGUGCCGAAUCAACCAUAGUUGGAGAUCCUGAUGUCACCCCAAUGCAGGACGGGAUGUCGAGCUCUUAUUAACUCCUCCCGCAUCGCAUCCCAUCCAUCCCCGCACUUUGUGAACUCAACCAGAGCUC